AACGGUUUUGCAAACUUGAGCUGCCGCCGGAGCGAUGGACAUGGUCGCGCCGUUUUACUCCACUCGCUGCUGCGGGUGCCGCUCUGCCCACUGGCGCACCGUCCUGUUCGCCGCCUGGUACCUGAUCACCAAUGCUGUGGUUCUGCUGAUUCUGUUGAGCGCUCUGGCCAAGGACUACUUUUCAGAUUCUGAACUAGGAGGUGACUUUGAGUUCAUCAAUUAUGCCAAAAUGUGGAUUAUUAUUGCAGUUUCUCUUCUCAUAUUCCUGAUAGGCGCAAUGGCUAUUUAUGGAGCAUACAAGCAACACGCUGUUUGGAUCAUCCCGUUCCACUGUUACCAGAUCUUUGAUUUUGCCCUGAACGCCUCUGUUAUACUCACUACGGAGUCUUGUUCAGACGACAUGCUGGAAUUCAUCCGACAGAUGCCUCCUAAUUUUCCCUAUAGAGAUGAUCUUAUGUCAUUGGAGCCUACCGGUUGGUGCGUUGCUAUUUUCCUGUUUGUCAUCGUUACCUUGACAAUUAAGUGUUACCUGAUCGCCUCUGUUUGGAACUGCUACCUCUACAUCAAGGGCAGGAACUCCUCCGAUGUCCCGGUUUAUGCCAUCAACAACGAUACUACGGAGUCUUGGGCCUCCGCUGGUGGUGCAGGCGGUUGAGCGCCGCGCUGUGAAGCUGUCCGCAGCCUCUGCAGCACCGGUUCAAUCCUGGCCGGCUGGCAAGGGUCCCAUAUGGCGCAGCAGACCUCUCCUGUUGCACCCACUGCUCCCCUCAGCAGUGUAUUUCGUCAGUCUGCCUGUUGUGUUACCCGCUCUGACUCUGGUGAAUCCUCUCACCCUCCCGUGCAUCUGACUGUACCCCGGUUCUUGUAAAAAGGGAUAAAUAAAUCUUUAAAAAAAGAAAGAAAAGUAGC